UGUCGGCUAUAAAAGCAGUCUGUCAGGGAGAAUUUGCUAGAAAAGAAUAAGAUUAUGGGGAUUGCAAGGUUUGCUAAUUUAAUUAAUUAGAAGUUUGAAAACGAAGAUGGAAGGAGUUCCUAAAUUGUAUAUGCUACGUACUGCGCUAAAGACAUCGCCGGAAAAAACGGAUUUCAGUCGAAAAAUCAAAUGGCAAAUUCGUGAACAUUUUAACGAAGACCCCAGCAGCUAUGCCAAUGAAACCGGAGAACUGGAAACUCUUCGAGCUGCAGCCUGCCAUCCACCCCAGGAUUUUACUGGCUGUGCAUUAUUAAAGAAAUAUUACUGUCAAUUGAAUUUUCUACAGAAUCGGUUUACAUUCAACGAAGCUGGCCGUGAUGAAGUCUAUUUUACUUGGAAUGAUAUGUAUACUGGAAUGGCUUACUCCACCACUGACAUCAAGCAUGAGAUGGCUUGUGUGCUUUUUAAUAUUGGAGCUCUACACAUGAAUUUGGGUGCCAUGGAUAGCCGUCAAACAGCAGAUGGAAUGAAAAUGAGCUGUUCUCAUUUUCAAUGUGCUGCAUGGGCUUUCCAACAGCUGAAUGAAAAAUACCCUCAACCAAGAGAAACUGACCUUUGCCAUGAACUUGUCAAGUUUUUGAGCACAGUUUCUCUUGCUCAAGCCCAGGAGUGCAUUCUAGAAAAAAGCAUCAUUGAUGGGCGCAAGCCAGGAAUUGUGGCCAAAGUGGCAGCCCAAAUAGUUGAGUACUACAAGUUAGCUGUGAAGGUUUUAGAUCAGGGAGAUAACCAUCCAGAUGGUAAUGCCCUUGUCGAAGUUGCCGGUGUUAAGGCGUACAAUACUUGGAAAAAGUACGCUGAAUUUAAAAUGGCGUUCCACCAGUGUGUGGCUCUGCUAUACAUGGGCAUUCACAGUGAAGAGAUGCAAAAGAUGGGUGAAAGGCUAGCUUACUUCCAAGCGGCAAUGGACAAGUUGGCAGAAGCAACCAAAAAGGCCAAGAAACUAGAAAACAAAACGGAAAGCGUCAAUGAUACCAUUUCUUUUGUCCAUGAUGUAGUUGGCGGCAAACUCAAGGCAGCCGAGAAGGAGAACGAAUUCGUUUACCACGAAAAGGUCCCUGACCGGGCCUCAUUACCCGAUAUCAAAGGCGCGUCGCUCGUAAAGGGCACGCCGUUUGAUAUUCAAGAUCCUGAAAUCGCGGGCCAAGAUAUUUUCCAUCGACUCGUACCGAUGGAAGCCCAUGAAGCGUCCUCACUCUACAGUGAGGAGAAGGCGAAGCUGUUGCGUCGAGUCGGCGGAAAUGUCGAGGAAAAAGAUCAAGAAUUAGAUCUAUUUUUGACGUCAUUACAGGUAGAUCAGCUACGAGUGCACUUGGAACCCUCGGGCUUACCUCAGGAACUCGUUGACAUUUGCGCUCGGUUUAGUGUCGAAUCGAAGGAUGUAGUUCAAAGUCUGAUUGAGGCAAUGGGUGAGCUCUCGUCUGUCUACACUGAUGUAGAGUCUUCGCUGGCCGAAGUUCAAAAUCUCCUGAGCGAAGAACAAGAGAAUGAAAGAAUUUAUCAUGGUCAAGGCAAAAGGCCGCCUUCUAUGAUUCUGAAAGAACUUUCUCUGGAAGCUGGACGCUUUGCCGAAGCCCACGGGAAAGCUGCUGAUUCCAACAAUCUUCUACAUAAAGCCAUCAAUUCGCAUCUAGGAAAUCUACGAAUGCUAAACCUACCAUUGUCUGAAAUUGAGGCUCAAUUACCCAAUAUUCGAGUAUUGGAAUCUAGCAAAGAUCAAGCAGCUAUCAAUGAGUUACAUCGGCUUCUGGACAAAGUAGAAGAAAUGCGCAAACAGCGCCAGAUGCUUUACAGCCAGCUACGGGAGGCUCUUAAAGCUGAUGACAUCACCAAACUGGCCACGCAUCAAGUAGAUCUAGAGACGCUGUUUACUCAGGAGCUAGCGAAACAUCAGCGAUUGACUUCGCUUAUCGAUCAAAACCUCAAGGCCCAAGAAAAAAUCCUCGUGGCUCUGACAGAAGCCAAUGCUCGUUACGCUGACACGCGUCGCUCUACAGCCGACAUUCAACAACGUCGAGCAGCUACUGUAAGUGCUCUGUUGUCAUCUGCCGAGGCAUAUCCCGAUCUGUUGGCCAAGUGUCAAAAAGGCUUGGAAUUUUACCGCAAAAUGGACACAAGUAUCACGAAACUCCUUCAGCGUUUGCGAUCCGUCUGUCGUGUCCAACAGGAAGAGCGUGAACAACAAGAGGCUGCGCGGGAACGCAAUCGUCCCGUUCCUGUAACAAGCAACCGAACCGAAACUCAUGAGCCGGCUGAUGUCCAGGGUGGUCCCAAGUUGAAAGAUUUCCUCCAUCUCAUGAAAAAGGAUCGCUCCGGAAUGGACCCAGCUUUUCAGCCCACGUCUUCGGCUCCUCCACCAGGUUCUGCUGGAGCUGAAAUGGCGGCACCGUUUAGCUAUCCCUACCUACGUCCGACUCCUCUCGGUGCCGAACAGAGCGAACGCCAUCCACAGUCCUCUGCCUACAUUCCUGAUGGAAAUUCAUACUACUAUCAAAACAAUUCUUCACAAGGUGGAUUUCCGCCUUCUGGACCGAGUUAUGAUUUCCCCACGACUGAGAGGGCCCUUCCAACAAAUGCUACCCAACCAAGCGCUUCUAGUCAGGCUAAUUCAGCUUACUAUAGCACUCCUCCUGCUCUUCAACAACAACGUAGCGAUCCCAUUAGUUCAACAAGCCAGCCGCAACAGCCACUUCAUCUACCAGCAGCUGGGCAAACGUAUUUGGGUCAGCAACCAAAUGGGGUAGAAGGUGGUCUUCCACCUCUUGGCUCCAAUGCCAAUCAUCAGAUGCAUCGACAAAAUUAUCCACCUUCAUCCAACUAUUACGGCCACAUUUCGGGUGCCGGCCUUUCAACACCAUACGCGGCUUCUGCCCCAUCUACGCCACAACAAUCGUAUUCGGCAGCGUCACAGAUAGGACAGCAACCUAUUGCAAUGAUGUCCGGAUCGACUGCUACUUCCUCUUCGAGCGCAGUUCAGAAUUAUCCAACGACGAGUUACAUGCCUGCUAGCGGAGCACCUCCAACGUACCAACAACUCCCGUCUUCUGCAGCUACGGGCUCUUUCACGCCGACCAUCACGUCUGCCACGCCUCACCAGCAAACGUAUGGAGCACCGACCUAUUUGAACCAACCAUCCACUGGAAGGGACAAUGUGCCUGCCGCAACGCCUUAUUCAAACACCAGUGUAGGUCUUUCUCCAACUCAUCAACAACAACAGUAUCCGUACUAUUCAGGCGCAUCAAUGUACGGCUAUGCGCCAACAACAACAACAAAUUCAGGAGUUUAUUCAUAUCAAUACAGCUACAGUACCCUCAAUUCCAACAUGGAUGGAAGUGGAGGCUUCCAGCAUGGAACCACAGGCACCAAUAACUCGGCUCUCGCUCAGUCAGCCGGUCAUCAAGGUGAAGGUGCUUUUACCGCAUCCGCAUCUGGAAUGGGGCAGUACCAGCAUUAUCCCUAUUAUCCGAAUCCUGUUGAUCCUACGAAUAACUACCAGUAUCAACUACCUGGAUCUUACUAUCAACCCAAUGUUUACGCUCCGGUCGCCAACCAAAUGCUGCAGCCCGCGCCACUGGCUCCAACGCCCGUAAGCGCUGCACCGGCUGUUGCAGCUCCUCCACCAGUGGCCAUUCCAGCGAAUCCUAAUGCCGUCGGACAAGUGGCCAGCAACCUGGAACUUUUGACUCUUUUAGACCUCUCAGUUCCCAUGGCUCCUGUUGGUGGCCUGUUGGAACCACAGCCACGAGAAACUCAGGGCCCUGGUGGUAACACUCAAGGCACGACGACGCUGACUAAUGCCACCUCAAAGUCGGUUAUGAUGGCUCCCGCUGCGACGUCAGAUCAGGUCAAACUAACUACCAUCUCGUCUGCUACUGAGUUUUUGCCACAUCAUGAAGCACCGGUCGUCAAGACGGAAAUCAAGUUGCCUUCUGUCCCAAAUGUUAGCCACAAGGAUCCUUUGGCUGACGCAGAAUUAGCGUCUAAAUUAGCAGUCGAGGUCGAGAAAUUGGACAAACUCGUGGGCGGUUUGACUCGCAAAAGUCUGAAUGGACCAACCUCAUUGGACACGCGUUGGAAGGAAGUGCUGGAUUUGCAAGAGCGUGAAUCAGCCCGUCACAGCAUUUCAGUGGCACGGUGUUACCCCAUGAAGAACCGAUUCCCAGAUGUGCUACCUUACGACCACAAUCGCGUGGAACUGCCUACAACAAAAGAUGAUUACAUCAACGCCUCUUUGGUUCCGUCUUUAUCACCUGGCGCUCCCUCUUUCAUCGCCACUCAAACGCCACUGCCGUGUAGCCAGCAGGACUUUUGGACGAUGAUAUGGCAACAAUCGGUUGAAAUUGUUGUUUGUUUACUGUCGGAUGCCGAAAUUCCUAAGCCUAGCCCUUCUACCUCGGCUGUUUAUUGGCCAGUUGAAAAGGGUCGUGAUAUCACAUCUGGCCCAUGGACCAUUACACUGCAAAGCAGUAAUACCCGCCCGUAUUGCCAUGAACGUAUCCUCGGCCUCAUCAAAAAUGGAGAAGCGAAACAACGCGUCGUCGUACAUUUGCAAUUUACGGCCUGGCCUGGAAGUAGUUUUCCCGCAUCUCCAGCCCAAUUUCUUCAAUUGACGAGUGAAGUACUUCAUUUCUGGCAGCAACAACGGAGUAAGGCGCAUCCCAUCGUCGUCCACUGUUUGGCCGGUGCUGGACGUACAGGCCUUUUUUGCCUCCUCUUGACGGCGUUGUCUGAUCUUUCUUCAGGGAACGGACUGUUGGAUGUGGUCCGAGUUGCUGCAAGUCUUUGCCAGCAUCGAAGAAAUAUGUUCAGAGACCGCGAGCAUUUACUCUUUGCUUAUCAGGCCCUACUUUAUCACGCCCAGGAUUUACUCAUGAAACGAGGAAUUCUGUCUGGAACGACGUCAUUACAAGGAUCUCCUAUCAAGAAGCUUCAUCCAUCUCAAGAUUUCAUUCACUCUCCGACCUCUACUUCCGCAACAAAUCCAACACCUGUUUUGGAGGCAGCUGCAGAGAUGUUAAAACAAGAGAAUAAAGAAGAAGUGUCAUCGCAAGUAAUCCAGGAGCCCACUGCAUCGUCGUCACCGCCACCUGUGACGGAUCCUCCCACUCCCAAAAAGAAUCCUCUAGGUGCAUUGGCUAUCCUUGAUCCGGCCAACUUUACACUCGACGGUGGCCAAACAAAUCGGCACCGGGUGACGAAAGAGAGUUUCAAAAAUGCCUCACAGCUCGGCUCGAUGGCUGACCCUUCUGAUCCACUCAGCCAACUCGAUCCUCUGUGGUCACUGGCCAAGUAAUUUCUGAGUCAAACUGCAGGCCAUACUGUUAACAUUACUUAUCAUUAAUGGGCGAAACAAAAACAUAUGAUUAUUCUUGCCUCUUUCUCUUUAUUAUUUGGGUACGUUGAUCAAAUAGCCUACGCUGGCAACCUAUUUGUUUUGUUUUUGUGGUUUGAAAACUGUUUUCCCUCGAAGAAUUGCUGAUCCUGCAUUCCGCAAAGCUAAUGAAUUUUUACGAUUGUACGGAAUACACAUUUCAUAGUAUCCUA